CCACCCACCUCCUGCUAGGGCCAAGGGAGCGGGGAAAGCUGCCCGGAGCCGCCCCCUCUCAGAGCUGGAUGCGGGGGAGCGAGCCUGGAACAAACCUUGCCUGAGCUUGUGGGCAGAGCCGGGAGCAGGGAAGGCUGGGAGCAGAAAAGAGGCAUUUCACGCUGCCGGCUGAGUCACCCCAAGCGAAUAAAAUCAAGGCCAGGCAGUCGGAGCCGCUCCGAGCGGAGGCACGAGGCACCGGGACUUUUGGACAGACCUUGCAAACUGCAGGCAACUCGGAGAAGGAUGUUUUCACCCUUGCUCAUCCUCCCUCUGCUGCUGAAGACCACAGCAUAUGGCCUGGUGAGCAGAGCAGCAUCCAGGGAUGUCACCACCUUUUUCCAGCUGGCUCAGGAAGACACUUGGGAGAAUGUUAAUCUCACCAGCAUGUCCUGUGAGGAUCGCAAGAACAGGAUGUGGAUCACCCUGCAGCUGACCAACAACAGCCUGACAGCUUUCCCCGUCUGCCUUCCAGAGGCCCUGGAGACCUUGGAUCUCAGCAACAACCUCUUGGAAGAGGUGAAUGGCACAGAGAUAGCAAACCUCCCACUGCUGCGUGUCCUCUCGCUGAGCCACAACCACCUGUGGUCAGUGAGGUGGGGAUCUGAAGCCCUCAGCAGUCUUGUCAAGCUGGACUUGAGUUUCAAUAAGCUGUCAUCUGUGCCAACCUGCCAUGGCUCUGCCCUGCCUAACCUGAAGUGGUUGUCCUUGGCUGGAAAUCCACUGAUGGAAAUCCAGCCACUGGCGUUUUCCUGCUACCCUCAGCUGCAGGUCUUGAACCUCUCUUUAACGCUGCUCGGGAAGGAUAACAGCAGAGGAAUUAGAGACUCUGCUUUUGCCGUCAGCACAGAUCCCAAUGAGGUCAGGAACAGGUCUGGAAACUCCAUCAAUGUGCUGGAUCUGAGUGGGACCUUAUUCGAGAAAAUUCAACCAGAGUGGGCCAGAGACUUGGCCAACCUCAGAUCACUUCACCUGACAAACAUGCCGCGGUUACGAAGCCUCGACAGCGACUUCCUCAAGUCUCUGCCUGGUCUCCGAGAGCUGCACUGUCAGGAUUCUCCUUCCCUGGGUUUCGUGCAGACAGAGAUGUUUGACAGUGCUCCUCACCUGAGCCAUCUCUCAUUUGAGAACUGUAACCUGAGUUCUUUUAAUCCUUGGAACACCAAUUCAUCGGGUGGCAUCACCAUCAACUUGUACGGGAAUCCUCUGCUGUGCAACUGCCAGCUCUCCUGGCUGCUGUCCAAGCCCAACAAAGUCGUUCUGCAAAAGGCUCGGGAGACUUUUUGCACAUCCCAGGAAGAUUUGGGCAGACCUCCAACAUCUUUUUCUCUGCUGGAGCUCUACAAUAGAUGCCAGUCAGAGAGCAAUGUCACACUGCCCGAUUCAAACACAGCCCUUCCUGAUCAUGAUGCUUUCAACUUCACCAGUGACGAUGCCUCUUCUGUAGUAACAACAGACUCCGCUCUGCUGACCGAAGAUUUGACUCACACCAGCUCCCUAAUCCAGAGGGAUGCAAGGAGCACAGCAGCAUCCAGCCCAACACUGACCAAAGACACCUACACCAGCUCCCUAAUCCAGAGGGAUGCAAGGAGCACAGCAGCAUCCAGCCCAACACUGACCAAAGACACCUACACCAGCUCCCUAAUCCAGAGGGAUGCAAGGAGCACAGCAGCAUCCAGCCCAACACUGACCAAAGACACCUACACCAGCUCCCCAGUCCAGAGGGAUGUGAUGAGCACUGCAGCAUCCAGCCCCGCACUAACCAAAGACACCUAUACCAGCUCCCCAAUCCAGAGGGAUGUGAUGAGCACUGCUGCAUCCAACCCAACCGAGCCGAUCCUAACAAAGGCAAACAGUUCUUCCCACGAGGAGGAGGCAGUUUCUGAAGCCACAAGCCAUCCCCCUUCCUUGGCAUCUGUAACCUCGUUCCCAGUUUUUCUCCAAGAGCUCUUUGCUCAGUCCUCAGAUCACGGCUCCACAAGUCGAGCUGGAACAGAACAGCUACAGAGAGGGCUCAGAACAACCGAGACAACAUUCCCCCGGGAAGGGCCAUUCAACCGGACCACCAGCGAUUAUUCCACCGGAGGAACAGGAGUCCCCCACACCACCAACCAUCACAUUCACUCCUUUGCCACCCAUGCCAAGGAAGGAGCCCCCCAAACGAGCCCCCCACAGCUGAACCCCACAAGGAGCAGUGCCCGCUCAGAGCCUGCGCCCUCCACAGCGUCACCGCAUUACACCGAUGACUACCAGGACUACGAGGAUCCACCAAAGGAAACCCCGGCGCAGAUGGCCCACACUGCCUGUGACUACAACCCUUGCAGGCACCUGCAGAAGCCGUGCAGGGAACUCCAGAACAUAUCCCGGUGUUCAUGUCCUGGCACGUCGAGGGAAGAUGAGAUUCCAGACCCACCCAGGCUCAGAGAGGUGAUGGAAAUCACUGACAGCUCUGCACAGAUACGUUGGUGUGCCCCAUAUUCAGUGGUUCACAGCUAUGAGCUGAUGCUUCGUGCCCAAGACACCGAGGACAGGCAGAUUGUCAUGAACAACAUCUACCCCACGGCCAGGCAGUACACUCUGUAUAACCUGCUACCAUUCACCACUUACCACAUCUGUGUGACUGCCUCCAACAAAGCAGGGUCAAGCCAGACAGCAAACCAGGAAAUUCCAGGUAAUUCGUGCACCAGCUUUAAAACAAAACCCAGUUACAAGUAUGUUUUUGCUGGUCUGUCUGCAGCAAGUGGGCUCUUUCUCAUUACCACAAUUAUUUUGUCUGUAUGCCUGUGUAAGGCAUGUAAAAAGCCUCAGAGUGAGCAGUAUGGUACACACUUAGUCUCCUACAAGAACCCAGCAUUUGACUAUCCCUUAAAACUACAAGCCACUAAUUAGCUAUGGGUGAUUGUUGCACACAUUCAAAGAUCACUAUCUCUAUCACCUUGGUGUGUUUUUGUGACACUCUGAGAAACAUCCUUCAGCAAAACUAUGAACCAUCAGAUUCCACAGCCCUGACAUUUCUAAAGGAGAGAAAACCAGCAAAAAAAGAGAAAAACUAAUAAUGAAGGUAGUCAACCAGAAAAAAGGUCUUUGGACUCCUGUGCUAAGCAGCAGCAAGCCUGGACACUAACUUUGAAAAAUUGUUUUUGUAAUCACCUACAAAUAGAAAGUAGCAUAAAUUUCACAGAGUGAGAGGCUGCCUGGCCAGCUGUCUGCCUCCAGUAUUUCUUAUGAGCACAGUCAAAUGAGAGCUGUAAUUCAAGGUGCAUUAAGCUGAGCAAGACACUCUGCUUUCAUUCACAGAGCAAAGCUGGGGGUUCCAUUUCUUAAAGGUAUUAUCCAUAAAGAGAGUAUAGCUGAAAGGAGUGAGUGGGCUCAGUGACAAGGUGCUGCGCAGAUCUAACUCCUCUAAGUAAAUGCAGUGGAUGCACAUGAUCAACCUUACUUCAGCUGAGGAAAAAGAAACCUGAAAUUUAAUUGUAGUCACAGAUUGUGUGGGAUCCUUAAUGCAGGGGUAAUCGUGUUGUUCUGACUUUUUAUGAGGUUAUCAACAAUUGAGCCUCCCAAGUGCUUCCCCAAAACAAGCUCACAUGCAGUGGGGGGUUGGCAGCACAGCAGUGACCCACAGAAGGGGGAGGGGAGCAUGUUAACAUUUGCUUCCCAGUGGAUUCUGAGUAGAGAGGAUGUUCUGCCCCAAUCAUCCGUCCCAUCUACAGAUUUAGCAGCUGAUGAUUUACCUCAUACAGAGGCAAACAGCCAAGUAAUGAGGCAAUUUAAUGCAUGUGCUGCUAAGAGUUGGAAAACCCAAAUCCCCUGCACUAGCAGUGGACAGUUCUGCAGACACCUUCCAAAUGAACUCUUGGGUGCCAAUUUCUGUACAAUAAUAGUAAGAGAUGCUGACAAUCCCAACUUUGAGCUUGCUGUUAGAAACCAAAAAGGUGUCCCAAUCUCCUAUUUCCCCAUAGGUUUCAGUUCCAGGAGCUGCCUGUUCCUGCUGCUCCACAGUGCUGUACUGCGUAAGAGUCUCUGUUCUGUUCUUUUGGGGUUUUUAAUGCUUUCAUUAUUACAGGAAUAAAAGCCACAGAGCUAUGUUCUGGUUUUUUGUUCAAGACAUGGAUUUGUUGUUUUUACCAUGUACAAUGUUAAACCUGAGGAAUUAACUCCUGUUGUUGUUUUGUGAUGAAGGUUCAACAUGUAGUAAAGAAAUAUUUUUAUUAUGGAA